GGUAUAUUUUAGGCGACGUGUCUCAGUUGUUUUCCUGGUGGUAAUUGUUAAGAAGAAAUAAAAUUAUAUUGAAAAACUGAGCACACAACACGUUCAAAAAUGAACCGUAGCUCGAAAAUAUUCAAUAGCAAAGUUGCCGGCUACAGCAGCCUUAUAACAUUUGCAGUGUUACUAAUCGCCUGGAUUGCCGGAUUUUCGUCACGUUUGUUUGCCGUCAUACGCUUCGAGUCGAUAAUCCAUGAAUUUGAUCCAUGGUUUAACUAUCGCGCUACCGCCUACAUGGUGGAACAUGGCUGGUACAAGUUUCUUAACUGGUUCGACGAACGCGCCUGGUAUCCACUUGGCCGCAUUGUUGGUGGUACCGUCUACCCCGGCUUGAUGAUCACAUCGGGCAGCAUUCAUUAUCUGCUGCAUAUACUCAACAUUCCAGUGCACAUUCGUGACAUUUGCGUCUUCUUGGCACCCGUCUUUAGUGGUCUCACCUCCAUCUCCACGUAUCUAUUGACCAAGGAGCUGUGGUCACCCGGCGCUGGACUCUUUGCAGCCAGCUUCAUCGCCAUUGUUCCCGGUUACAUCAGUCGCUCGGUUGCCGGCUCUUAUGAUAACGAAGGCAUUGCCAUCUUUGCGCUGCAGUUCACCUACUUCUUGUGGGUGCGUUCGGUGAAGACGGGCUCGGUCUUCUGGUCAGCUGGUGCUGCCCUCUCUUACUUCUACAUGGUGUCCGCCUGGGGUGGCUAUGUGUUCAUCAUCAAUCUGAUACCGUUGCACGUUUUUGUGCUGCUCAUCAUGGGACGCUACUCGCCGCGCCUGCUCACCAGCUACAGCACCUUCUUCAUCCUAGGCCUGCUUUUCUCCAUGCAGAUACCAUUUGUGGGCUUCCAGCCCAUACGCACAAGUGAGCACAUGGCUGCCAUGGGCGUCUUUGUGCUGCUCAUGGCUGUUGCCGUGCUGCGGCAUUUGCAAUCUGUCUUGUCGCGAAACGAGUUCCGGAAACUAUUCAUUGUUGGUGGCCUGUUGGCUGCUAUCCUCGUCUUUGUCGCUGUCGUCGUUCUGACUGUGCUGGGCGUUGUCGCACCUUGGAGUGGACGCUUCUAUUCGCUUUGGGAUACCGGCUACGCAAAGAUUCACAUUCCCAUUAUUGCAUCCGUGUCGGAGCAUCAACCCACCACUUGGUUCUCGUUCUUCUUCGAUCUGCACAUUCUCGUUUGCGCAUUCCCCGUUGGACUUUGGUAUUGCAUAAAGCAGGUGAAUGAUGAGCGCGUCUUUGUGGUCCUAUAUGCCAUCAGUGCUGUUUACUUCGCUGGUGUAAUGGUGCGCUUGAUGUUAACACUCACACCAGUUGUGUGCAUGCUCGCCGGUGUCGCCUUCUCUGGACUGUUGGACGUCUUCCUGCAGGAAGAUGCCUCUAAGCGCGUAGCAAGCACGACUAGCUCGUUGCCCGAGACAGAAGAUCAGGAGGAGUCGUUGGAGAAGAAGAGCUUCUACGAUAAGGCUGGCAAGCUGAAACACCGCACCAAACACGAUACAACGCACGAAAGUGGCAUUAGUUCCAACUUGAAGAGCAUUGUCAUCUUGGCUGUUCUGAUGAUCCUUAUGAUGUUCGCAGUACAUUGCACCUGGGUCACUAGUAAUGCCUACUCGAGUCCCUCGAUUGUGCUCGCCUUCCACAACAGUCAAGAUGGAUCCCGUAACAUAUUGGAUGACUUCAGGGAGGCCUACUACUGGCUGUCACAGAACACCGCUGACGAUGCACGCAUUAUGUCUUGGUGGGAUUAUGGUUAUCAGAUAGCAGGCAUGGCCAAUCGAACCACAUUAGUGGAUAAUAAUACUUGGAACAAUAGUCACAUCGCCUUAGUUGGCAAAGCAAUGUCAUCCACUGAAGAGAAAUCAUACGAAAUCAUGACAUCUUUGGAUGUGGAUUAUGUCCUUGUCAUCUUUGGCGGUGUUAUUGGAUACUCUGGUGAUGAUAUCAAUAAAUUCCUGUGGAUGGUUCGCAUUGCUGAGGGCGAGCAUCCUAAGGACAUUAAGGAGAGCGAUUUCUUUACUGAUCGCGGUGAAUUCCGUGUGGAUGCCGAAGGUGCUCCUGCUUUACUCAACUGUCUGAUGUACAAAUUAAGUUACUAUCGUUUCGGGGACUUGAAGCUGGAUUAUAGGGGUCCUUCUGGUUACGAUCGCACACGCAAUGCUGUCAUAGGUAAUAAGGAUUUCGAUUUGACGUACUUGGAGGAGGCUUAUACCACAGAACAUUGGCUAGUUCGCAUCUAUAGAGUUAAGAAACCAUUUGAAUUCAAUCGACCAUCUUUGAAGGCGAAAGACCGUCUCAUCCCACCCACCAACUUUGUGUCUAGAAAGAACCUAAAACGCCGCAAAGGAUUCAUUAGGAAUCGGCCAACCGUUAUCAAAGGCAAGAGAACUUUGAAAUAAAUGACAAUUAUUUAUGAAAAAUUGUACUGCAAUAAAUAAGAAAAACAAAAGAAAUAUUAUCAAACUUGUAAUAUAAGUAUUUCAACCCAUUUGAAAUUAACAAAAAAUAACAACAAUUAACUGGGGAGCUAACAAAGAGAAGAAGCACAGUGAAAACUCCUCAAUUGCAAAGAAGCAUAGACUGUUAUCUGAAUAUUGUAGCUAUAAAAAGGCAAGGAAAUGUUGUACAAUUAAUAUUCAAAUGAAAACAAAUAAAAAUACUGCUAAAAAAUA